UCUUUAAAUUGUAACAUGGUUUCUUCAAGUACUAGCAACUCUAGCUCCAUUUCAAAAACCUCUAAAUUCACUACUUUUUUUAAUUUAUCAAGGUCAAAAUAUUCUUCGAAAAUCAAACUAGAAAAAGAAGAAUUAAAACAAAUGAAACCAAAAAGUAGCAAAACAAAAAAGAGUGAAAAACGCUCUCCAAAAAAAUUAAAAUACUAUGAAGCAACAGUAAACAAUAAAGAUGGAGUCCAAAAAACUUUUAAAAUACCAAGGUUUUGUAUUCCGAUAUUAUGUAAGGAUGUAUGCCCAAAAACGUCAUGUUGUAUUCGUAUUACUAACAUAAGCAGAAAUGUAACUACUAAUAACCUUCGUCAACUAUUUUCUAAAUUUGGAGCUAUAAAAAAUUUAGAUUUACAUUUCAACUGCUAUAAUAGAAUGUCUAAAGGAUUUUCUUACAUAAUGUUUUCCACUCCUGAAGAAUCUAAAAUUGCUGUAGAGGUUAUGAAUAACUGUGAAAUUGAUGGACAUGAAAUAAUAUGUGAAUUAUGGUUUUUACCAUACAUAGAAAACCGUGUAAGUUCUAUACUUCGUAGUGCUUGUAGUUCAGACCGUGAAGUUGGAUACAGAAGAAGGUCAACAAGAAAAGAUAAAUUGAGAUCUUGUUCUAGAUCUCGGAGGAAAUUCAGAUUCAGAUCUCGUUCUAACUCUCCGAGUACACUGGAUGAUUUAUGUUCCAAGAGUUCUCGCUCUAGAUCUUCAAAAAUAUCUCAUUCCAGACAGUCUAGGAAGCCUUAUUAGUUUUACUAUAGUAGGUACGGCCAGCGAAAAAUGAGCCGCGAUACCAGUGCUCCGGGUGGCCGAUUUUCGUUAGGGUUACUAAAACUUUUCGUCACAGCUCGCUUUUCACUCUCCGUACCACUCCAUACUACGCUAUAGUUUCAAACGGAGAACCCCUAGUUACGCUAAAAUUCACCACUAGCAACGCGACGGUCACGGCUCACUUUUCGCUGGCCGUACUAUAAAAGUAAAUGUGUUUUUCCUUAUA